AUGUUGAGUCUCGGCCAGAUUCUCAUUCUAGGCCUCGUUGCCGUCUUGGGAGUUGCGGUCUAUCGGCGCCAAAGCCAUGAUGCCGGCGAACCACCGCUGGUGUCGAGCAGCAUUCCCAUCUUCGGACACCUGAUCGGGUUGCUCUGGUACGGCGUUGCCUAUUUUGGAAAGCAAGCCGAAAAACACUCGACGCGCCCGAUUUUCUCGUUAGAUCUGGUCUUCAACAAGAUCUAUGUGAUUAGCUCUCCGGCGCUGAUGCGUAAUAUUCAACAAAACCCCAAGACCCUUGUUUUCGAGCCAUUCACGUUAUUCUCCGCUGAACGCAUGGCGGGCGUCUCUCCACAGGCUCUUGGCCUGUUGAAAUCGAAGCAGCCCAGUGGCGCUACGCUCGCUACAGAACUUCUCCACGGCAUGCAUCCUUCGUUGUUGGGUAAAUCCCUGGAUCUGAUGAACGAGCGAAUGAUUCGGCUGCUACGGCCUCUUAUCGACGAACUAGGGACUGUUGAGUCAGUUGACUUGUAUGAGUGGACUCGCCAUUCCAUUACGGCUGCGAGUACCGAUUCCUCCUACGGGGACAUGAACCCUUACAAGGACCGGAAAGUCGAGGAUGCAUUCUGGGAUUUUGAAAACAACCUUAGUCCAUUGAUAGCGAAUACGCUACCGUGGCUGACGGCGCGUACUGCUUGGAAGGGACGGGAAACUCUUGCCAGAGCGUUUGAAGACUAUUAUAACCGCGGAGGGCACGAAGACUCCUCCGACCUAACCUUCGGUCGAUUUAAAAUACCGCGGGAUGCAGGCAUGGCCGUGAGAGAUAUCGCGCUGCUGGAGACAAGUAUGGCCUUUGCCCUGCUCUCGAACACUGUUCCGGCAGCUUUCUGGGCCCUGUACGAUAUGUUCUCCCGAGCCGACUUGCUAGAACAGAUCCGCGAUGAAGUACAGGCAAAUGCAGUGCAUAUCUCGGAGGAUGGCACGCAUGUUAUUGAUCUCGCCGAUCUUCGUGAAGACUGCCCUCUCUUGAUGUCUGCGUUCCAGGAGAUUCUUCGUACGAGAUCAUCUUCGUCUCCCACACGCUUCGUUACCCAAGAGCUUAUGGUUGGUGAUCGGUAUCAGUUGAAAGAAGGGCAUGUCGUUAUGAUGCCUGCGAUUUCCAUUGGCCGAAACCCGGAUGUCUGGGGCUCGACAAAUGGUGAAUUUGACCCAAGACGAUUCAUUAAGGCCACGCCUUCCGACAACCAGGCAGAGAAGAAGAAGGAUCCUCGGCGUGUAGGUGGUUUCAUGUCUUUCGGCGUCUCGCCCGUCAUCUGUCCCGGCCGCCACUUUGCGAGUGGUGAGAUAUUGGGAUUGAUUGCCAUGACGGUUAUGCGAUUCGACGUGCUUCCUGUUGGAGGGAUCUGGAAGGACCCGAAGACGAAUCCAAAAGCCAUCACGUCUAUUAUGGGUCCCCUCAAGGAUGGGUUUAAUGUCAAUGUGCAGCCGAGGAAGGAGUUUGAGGGCACCAGCUGGGACUUUAGAGUCACAGAGGGCAAAAGUAGAUACCCGCUGGUGAUAGGAUAG